AGCAAGUUGCAGGUGGUAGACGGGAAAAGAAGAGUCGGUUUCUCCGUUUCGGAAGCGGAGAAGCGUAGGUUCUCAGUACAGCUUUAGGAGGAUUGAAGUACACGCAUUGGAAGCGAGAAACGAGCUUCCCUGCCUGGGGGAAACUUCUAGUAACUCUGAACUUUGUGUCUUAUCUGGACCCUUGUGCUUGUCUCACUCGCCUGUGUUCCUCUAACUGGAGGGGAGGACUGUGGGGAGAGAGUGUGUGCUUGAUCUUGCCACAUUCGCCAGAACUGAGAGUCAUUUGCCUAGAAAUCCCCACCAACUACUCUCUUUUGGAUGACUCUGCUGCCCCUCACUCGUGGCCGCCGCGGUUGAGACGAAGAAGAAAGAUCCACAUCGCCCGGUCCCAGAGAGGUACGGGCCUCUGCCACAGACCGCCCCACCCAAGAUUUCCCCCCUUCUAACGCCGACUCUCGUCCCAUUCCCCCCCUCUUCACGCCACCUCUUUCUCCAGCUGCUUCUGAACACCACCACAAAUCCGGCGACCCCAGAUUCAUAUUUCUGUUCUUUGCUUCUGAUGUAGAGUUGAUCUAACGAAGCGAUCCACAAUGCGUUCUUAAGUUUUUGUGUUUUGUUCUCUCUUUUUGGUCCCCAUCACAUUUUAAUUGGUAGGUGAAACGAACGCGCGUUGAGUUCAGAGAAUGAAGAACGGAUUCUGGGAUUUUGGGUGUUUCUGAGCUUUUGGAGAUUUGGGCAAGCGGAUGGAUCCUUCCUCCUUGCUUGCUCAAGCUCAGGCUUCGUUUGCGUCCAAUGCGGCCGCCAAUUCGUCGUCCCCAUUUGGAAAUCUGCAGGCAAUGUGGUCGAUUCCACACCUCAAUGGCAGGGGAGGAAUAGAUAUGAACAGCAACGGUCUGGCGUUUCUGCGGGGCGUAGAGGGCGAUCAGCGGACGAGUAGUCAAUUUGCGCAGGGUUUGAGUGUUCGGUUUGCAGAGCUGACGAGCAACCGUGACCCGUCUGUCGAUGACUCGUCAGUGACGACAGAGCAGAGCGGCGGCGACGGUUCGCUUUGCAGGAGCAAUGGCGAGAAAAAGAGAAGGGAUGGAAAUGAAGAUGAAUCGUCGAAGCUCGUUUCCAGCAGCUGCCCUGAUCAAAAGAUGAUUGAGUACAGCGGAAAGCGCUCAAAAGGGGCACGACAGGGAGAUGAAAAUGGUGAUUUGAGAAUUGAAGCUGAAACAGGACCUGCAGUAAAUGGCAAGGAGACUGAACAAAGUGGUCAACCGGUUCAGCCAGCUGAGCCGCCAAAGCAGGAUUAUAUCCAUGUGAGAGCAAGAAGAGGACAAGCUACUGAUAGCCAUAGUUUGGCAGAAAGAGCUAGGAGAGAAAAAAUAAGUGAACGUAUGAAGAUUCUGCAGGAUUUAGUCCCAGGAUGUAAUAAGGUGAUAGGCAAAGCUAUGGUCCUUGAUGAAAUUAUUAAUUACAUACAGUCAUUGCAGCGCCAAGUUGAGUUUUUGUCAAUGAAGCUGGAAGCAGUCAAUUCAAGGAUGAACUCAAGCAUUGAGGCAUUUCCAGUAAAAGAAGCAUUUGAGCCAGCUGGUGUUGCAUUCAGCUUACAGCCAGAUCGAGACUAUAGCCCAGGAUCUCCCCAAGAAUGGCUCCACAAGCAGGUUGGUGGUGGAUUUGAAAGAUGAUUGUGGUUAUCCGGAACUGGGGAAAGGAUGUCUCAUGUCAAUGUGAGCAAAUUUUAGUUCCGAUAUUGUUUAGGCAAUGUAGUUCAAUCGUGAUGCAGUAUUCAUAGUCUGUUGUGCUUCAGGUAGAAAAAGCUGUCUUUAUGCGCACACUUAGCCUCAAUCCUUCAGCCUGGAAGUUUUCUCUCUUUGUGUGUUAGAACUACUUAGAAAUCCAUUUUUAUCCCCUGAUAUGAUGUCAGUGUGGUGUUGCUUAUUGUAAUAAAAAGUUGAGUAGAUAAUGAACCAGUUAGAAAACUUGCAGGGUCA